UUCGGUUUCUAACCCGACUGACUUGGGCCCAAAAAAACCCCACCACUUUCCCUUCCCAAAAACGCUAAAUUUCAAUUUGGUCUCUGCCAAUUCAAUUUUGCGAUCCUCACUGUUUCUCCGGUGAACUUUACUGGUAGUUAAGAGGCUACACUAUUUUGCACCCAAGGUGUGGCGUAUCGGUUGAUGAGUUAUAAUAAAAUGCAGACUAGGAUUCAGAUUCGAGUAGAGGCCAUUGAUUUUCUCCCAUCUCUUUAACUUUAGUGGGCAAGUUACUCGUGACCUGUACUACUUGAUGAUGCGGUGCACCUAGUAGAAAUGUUGAGGUGUGCGGAAGUUGGACGGACACCAUUGUUAUUCCAUGAGAGAAAGAGAGUCCACAAUCCUGCAGGAUUCUACAGUUUUUUUUUUUUUUUGUCAAAAUCCUGCAAGAGUCAACUUAAAAGACCCGAUUAUGUGAAAUUAUAUGAAGGUCAUUUGCAGUGAAAUCACUAGCAGGAACGAGUAUGGCUUCCAAGAAAAACAAGAAAAAGAUCAAUAAUGCGGCUGCAUCUAGUUCUGUAAAUGUACCUCAAGACAAUAAAACCCCGAAGGAACUAAAGGCUAAAGGUAAACUUGCAAAAAAGUCCUCCAACUUAAACUCCGCACAAAGGAAAGAAGCUGAGGCCACUCCACAAUCUCUAUCCAGAGACAAGAAGAAGAUUGUAAAAGAUGGCAACCAAAGAAGUAAUUUUGAUAAAAAAGAUGCUUUGAAGGAAGCUGAGGCCCCUCCACAAUCUCAAUCCAGAAACAAGGAGAAGAAUGUUAAAGAUGGCAACCAAAGAAAUAAUUUUGAUAAAAAAGAUGCUAGGAAGACCCAAAACAUAAGCAGUGGAAACAAAGGAAAGGGAAGUACAAGUGAAAUGAGUGUAGAUGUGGAGAAGGACGGAAAAGCUGAAAAGGGUGUUGGUGGAGUGAUUUUCAUGUGCAAUGCAAAGACCAAAGACGAUUGUUUUAGAUAUCAUGUGAUGGGUGUCUCAGCUAUGAAGAAAGACAUUAUUAUGGGGAUCAAACCCGGUCUCAAGCUUUUUCUCUUUGAUUUUGAUCUUAAGCUCAUGUAUGGCAUUUACGAGGCAACAUCUGCUGGUGGAAUGAAACUUGAACCAGCGGCAUUUGGUGGGAACUUUCCAGCCCAGGUUCGCUUCAAGAUAGACAAGGAUUGCAUUCCAUUGCCUGAGAAUUUGUUCAAAAGAGCAAUUAAAGACAAUUAUGAUGAAAGGACUCACAAGUUCAAGACCGAGUUGACAUUUAAGCAGGUACAGCAGUUGAACAAGCUGUUUAGGCCUGCACCACAGCUACAUCCAACUUCCAAACAUUCUGGGUCUGAGCCAGUUACUCGGCCCCCAUCAGCAGCACCUUUGCCUAGCAAGGAACCUUCCAGGGAGCAUGCAUAUGGAAUGCAAUACAGUAGAAGCAAAGCAGCUGAGAAUUUUUCAUCAUAUGGUCAUGAAAGGGAAAGGCAGCAGCAUGCAGGCCACCUUAUCAUGCCUAGAGAGGUUGACAGUGAACCUCGUUUCCUCACUGAGAAAGAAUAUAGAAGCUAUGGUCUUCAAUCAGCAAAGCAUCUGCAGCCCACUGCUUCUAUAGUAGUUGACCGCAGAUUGGAUCAUUAUGAAUCUGAACAAGGAAGGGAACAUCUCCGAAGAACUCCUACCAGUGUUGGUAGUGAUGCAGCUUUAGCACGAAAAGAGACUCUACACACUGAACCUUUAUAUCCAAGCGAAAGGGAGUAUCGAACUUAUGGCCUCAAGGCUCGCAGUGAAAUACCUGCUGUGGAAAGUAGUGCUACAGGAAUUUCAGCCACACCUACCAAUCAUGGUUUACUAAAUCAUGUUAAGGAUACAUAUGAUCCUUAUGAUGAGAGUACUGCCUCAAUUGUAAACCGAUAUCUCUCUCUGCCUAGGACGGUGUUACCACCUGUAGAGUCGUACUCUUCAACAGGCAGAGAGUCUUUUGCAAGUGAUCCCUAUUCUGCAAUUGGCAUCAGAGGUCAUGCGGAAAGAUACCACACUGAAAAUGAAAGAGCAUAUCCACCAAUGGGAAGAUUCCACACUGAAAAUGAAAGAGCAUAUCCACCAACGGGAAGAUUCCACACUGAAGAUGAAAGACUAUAUCUACCAACGGGAAGAUUCCACACUGAAAAUGAAAGAGCGUAUCCACCGUAUGCUCCUCAAUUACCACCAGACUACAGCUUGAAAUAUCACCAUGUUAGGGAUGAGCCUAGAUACCCACCUUCAGUCUCAUCUCGCUAUUCCUUUGGGGAACCAUCUGCACCUCGUCGUUGAACCGCUGCCAUCUGCAUCCAUUUAUCUUCAAUGGCUCUAUUAAAGUUAUGCUUAUGAAACUGUAAGCUACAGGUCAAGUUCAUCAACAAGGAACUUGCAUUUCUCAGAUGUGCUGAUGGCAAAGACAAGGUGAUUUCUACAUAUCUCCUCUGACAGGUUCUGGAUUAAAAAGAUUAAACGACUGUAUUUCCCAUUUUCUUCCUGUACAAGGGGAGAAACAUAAUCCUGAAUCCUGACACCUUCCCUUUGGUGUUGUUUCUUGAAUUUGUUGUUUGUGACAUAAAGGAGAAACUUGAUGCUGUUGAUUUAUUUCAUGCAAUCUGACGUUUAUUCAUGUGUAGUAGGGUCAUUAUGUUAAGAUGUAGCAUAGGGCAUAUGCUUGAGAUUCACAAUGUGCCAUCGCUAGGGAUUACACUCCAUAGCCAAAUUGGCCGCUGCAUGAGUUUAUAAUGACCUGUGACUUACUUUAAA